CACACACACCGGCGCAGAACGAGGAGCGAAUUCACUCGCCGGCUCUCAACAAGAACGCGUCGACAUAUACACCGUGCUUGAACGUACUGAGGUGAUAUAUUUCUUAUUUAUCCUACGGUCGAAGGCGAGUCAAUCGUAAAAAUGGCCGGGGAAAAGCGUACUCAGGAUCAAGAGGAAACCUUAUUGUCAGAAACGGUGAUCUUAGUUGACAUCGAAGGCACUACGACGAGCAUAAGCUUCGUGAAGGACACACUUUUUCCUUACGUGCGAGAGAAUUUAAAGAAAUAUAUUGAAACUAAAUGGGAAGAUGAAGAAUUCAAACAAGACUUUGAAAAAUUAAAGGAACAGGCAAAGAAAGAUGAAGAAGAUAAAAUUGAUGGUUUUAUACCAAUUACUGAUAUUAAUACAGAAGAAGAAAGAGAAUCACUUGUAAAAAAUAUAUUAUGGCAAAUGGAUUGUGAUCGAAAAACCAGUGCAUUAAAACAAUUACAAGGGCAUAUGUGGCGUGAAGCUUAUAAUUCUGGAUCAAUUAAAGCACAUGUUUAUGAAGAUGUACCAAAAGCACUAGAAUCAUGGACGAGUGAUGGUAAAAAGGUCUAUGUUUAUUCGAGUGGUAGUGUUGAAGCACAAAAACUUCUAUUUGAACAUUCAAUAUAUGGUGACUUACUUAAGCAUUUCAGUGGUUAUUUUGAUACUGAAGUAGGUCCAAAACAAGAAUCAAAUAGUUACAAAAAUAUAUUAAGUAAAAUUGGAGCUGAAUCAUCAGAUGUAAUUUUCUUAACUGAUGUUGUAAAAGAGGCUACUGCUGCAAAAGAAGCUGGUUUAUCAACAGUUAUAGUACUACGCGAAGGCAAUGCUGCUCUUACAGAUGAAGAAAGAGUGGCUUCUACAACUAUUAAGUCAUUUUUAGACUUAACAUUUCAAACUUCUACAAAACGACAAAAAUUGGAAGCUAUAGAAGUUCAAAAAGAUACAAACAAAUCCACAUCUGAUGUUAAUGAACCAAUGGAUACUUCUGAAGAUGUUGAAAUGUCUGAUAUUAAUAAUAAAGAAAAGAAGAUUGAUAAAAUAGAUGUAAAAGAAGUUAUCCAAGAAGAAGUAAAAGAAUGUGCUAAAGAUCAGCUACAAAAAGAAGUACAAAUUUCAGAUGUGAAAAUGGAAGAGCCUAUGGUUACUGAUAUGAAAGAUGCAGCAAACGCUGAAAAACUAAUGGAAAAUAAAUCUGAAAAAAUAGAACUUCAACCAUCUGAGGUGAGUACAAAAUUAGACACUUCUGAAAAUGUGCAAGUUACUAUGAGCGGUAGCACUGAAUCAACGAUAAAAUCUUCGAAAGAUGAUAUUGACAAAUCUGCUGUUUCUGAAAAAAUAGAAAAAUCUAUAACAGAAAAAACUAUAGAGUCUAUAUCAGAAACUCUUACUGCCAAUGAUACCUUGAAUGUUGGGACAAGUGAGUCUAAAUCAAAGUCUGAUCAAGUUUCUAUUAUAGAGAAUAAGACUGAAGAAUUUUCAAACAUUGAUAAAGAAAUAAAAUCUGAUGAUAUAAAAAUAUCAGAUGUAAAAACUAUUGAAAACGUAUCACAAGAAAAGAAUAUUAACAGUAUAAAUGAAAAAUCAGAAGAAUGUUCCAAUAAAUCACAAAAAGAGAUGAAAGAGGAGUCCACUGAAAAAAUUGUAAUUAAUUCUAGUAUAAUAGAAACUCAAACAUCAGAAAAUGAUACAUCUUCGAUAAAAUCUGCACAAGAACCGACAAAAACAGAAGAAAAACCUGCAGAAAAUGGUGAUGUUCCAUUAACAAAUGUAGAAAAAAUUAUUGCACCAACGAUAACAGAAUUAGAAGCUACUAGUAGCAAAGUAGAUACAAAUACUGAAAUAAAAAAUAUCACAGAAACAGUUAAAGAAAUAAAAUCUGAAAAAGAAACAGAAUUGACUAAUGUAAAAUCUUCUAAAACAAAAGAAAUAGAAGAAACAUCAAUAUCUAAAAUUGAUGCAGAAAAACAAGUAAAUGUAGAAAUAUCAAAACAGGAAUUAACAGAGAAACCAAUAAAAGAAGAAACUGUAGUGGAUGAAAUAAAAGAAACAAAUAUAGUGGAUUCCGAAAAGAAAAAAUUAAAUAGUACAACACAAAACGGAGAUACAGAUGUGCCAGUGUCAGAUGAUAAAUUACAAAGAAAUGGACUAAAUGAAGGAUCAUCGAACGAAAAUAUUAAUUCGUCUACGAGCGAAAGUACAUCUGCGCAAAAUGGUGAACCAGAGAGUUCCUCUGAAGCUAGUGCAGACUCUAUAAAAGUCAAAAAAGUCGUUGAUUCUGCUGUAGCCGAUGGUGCCGGCGAACCUGACGUUGUUCCCCCUGUAGUUGUAGCUGCGACGUCUUAAUCUUGUUCUUAUACAUUUUAAGAAGUCCUUCAUACAUAACCCCAACCCACAAUACUUAUCCGCAGAUAUAAACUGAAAAGUUGGCUCCCUACACCUUACAUAAAUCGUACGACGUUAAAGAUGUAAUACGUUAAUUUAAGAUACAGUUCAUAAGAUUUCUAUUUCUUCGACAAAUGUGAAGGGAAAUGAUAGUAAUGACAUAUACAGCGUGUCUCAGAUUCGAUUAUCUUUUACAUGUCACAGUUUGAUAUAUAUAUAUAUAUACAUACAUACAUACAUAUAUAUAUCUCAUAUUUGUCGAUUAUGCUUAAUAGAAAAUUUAAGAAAGAUCAUAAACACUCAGUUCCUAUACUUCCUACUUUACAUUGCUUAAUUUAUUUUAUUAUACUUUAUCUACAUUUUUUAGUUUGUUUAUACAAAUGUAUUUUUUAUAAUUGACAUUUAUAAUUCAAAUUGACUCGAGGAUAAUCGAAAAUGUCAUUCGCUGUAGUCAAUAAGUAUUUUUAAUUUUUCUUUUUUUAUUACAUUUUAUAAUGUGUAUUAAGAUUUUUCUUUUAUAUUGUCUAAAUGGAAUGUUAUACUAUGAAAAUUUAUAGAAUAGCAAAUUCAUCAUAGUUGGAGUAUGCUAAAAUAUUGAAUGUACUUUGUGCCAAAUGAAUUAAUUCGUCAGUUUGAAGAUUUUUAUGAUUAUAUAGGAUAUUAAUAUAUUCAUGAGAUACUUUUGGAAAAUUAAUUUUAAAAGCUAAACAAACACAGAAGUAUAAAAUAUAAAAAUGUUUGAAUUUUAUAAGGAAUUUAAGCUUAUGUUAGAUAAAAUAAGCUCGAUCUAUCUCUGUCACAUUACUAUCUUAUUUUAUUUUAUUUCAUCUAACGUAAAUUUAAAUUUUUUAUAACUUGAUAAAUAAAUCAACUUUUUUAUAUACUUUUGUUUUUGUUUCUGUAUUAAAAUUGAUCCUCUAAAAAUGUCAUAUGGAUAUAUUAGCAUUCUAAGUUUAAAGAUCUGAUCAUAUUUUAGUUUCUUACAACAAUCAGGGAACUUUAAUUAUAUAUUUUAAGACUGAAUUGGUAAUGCCUCCAAAAGUCGCUGGCUUUAGAUUAACGAUAUGAUUUUUUGCAUACUCUUGAGUACUUAAAUUGUUAAUAACACAGUGAUCUUGGAAUCAUAAGUCCAAACUUACUGUCGAACAACUGUGUUUUACAAUGAAUUUUAUUUGACUAUAUUAGAUAUAUUUUUCAAAUUUCAAAGAAUGCUGUGCGACUUAUUGUAAUGUGUCUGACAUUAUAUUCCUAUUUUCUUUUUCUUUUCGACAUUUUUUUAUUGAAAUGUAUAUUUCUAAUUUAGAACAUUUUGAAUAAUGUUGGCCUAUAUGCAUUACGCGUUUCUGUUUUUUAUAUUUCGUAUUACAAUUAACAUUUAUCGAUAUUAACUUAAUUUUGAGCAAUUUAAAAUUUUGUGUUGCAUUUAUUAGUAUUCUAUAAAAAUUAUAAUAUUCAUUUAUUGUCAAUGACGCGACUAUAAUACGGUAUAUAUUACAUGCAAACAUUAUUUUGUUAGUUUUAUAAAAUAUAUUUAAUAUAGAAUAAUCCGAUUAGAAGGAAAAAUACUUCGGUUUGGAAAUUUAUUUUUUCAUUUCUACGGAUUAAUAUAUGAAAAUUUAUUUUAAAAUAACCGUUUCCCGAUAGUGAUAAUUUUUUUCCUGUUUUUUUAAGAUUCGUAAAUUAUUUUCAACAAAAUUUGAAAGAAGAACUCAAUUAUUUAUUUAUUAUCCAUUCCUGCAAAAUUGACUGUGAUUUAACGAUAUAAUAAUAGACAUAGGGAAUUUAAACCAAUUCAUUUAUUAUUCACAUUUAGUAUUUUGUUUGGCAGGUUAUUAUAUUAAUAUUUUUUUUUUUUUUUUUAUAUAUAUAUAUAUAACGAAAUUAAUAUACAUCCUGUCUGAUUGAAAUCACUGUGAAGACUGUAGAUGAUAUAGUCUGUAAACAAUCAAAGUUUCUAUAUUUCUUCUUUUUUUUUAAAUUACAAUUGUUUUUUGUCAGCGGCUAUGCUAAAAAAAUUCAACAAUGCAUAAAGUCGAGUAAACGAAAUAAAAUGCAACGUCAGCUAUUAUCUUAUAAGUAUAUGUAUAGUCAGUAACGAUUAUAUUACGAGAUUUCAAACAAAUGCAUAUUUUUUACAAGACACUUGACAGACCUCGCAUUUAUUUAUAAGAUAUUCUUACGGUGAUGAAAACCAUUUAAAUACUCAUUAAUUUUUUUUGACGUUGCAUAAUUCAUUAUGAAUGAAAAAAUGAAAAGAUUAAAAUGAUCUUCAUUCGUUACCUGAAACGGAAUUUAAAUUUUGUGUUUAAUAAUGAAAAAUAUUCGAAGAUAUUAUAAAGGAUAAGAUACAUUACUGAUGUUCGAUUUGAUCCUAUAUGAUAACUUAUCCUUAUCCUUAAAUCAAAUAAAUAAAAAAACAUUUUCCAAUUAAUAUUAUAAAACAGUUGCAAAUUCAUUGAAUGUAUACUCAAUUAAAUAAGUAUAUUCAAAAAUGCUCAAUUGAAAAAAUUAAAUGGUUUCAUUAAAAAUUCUUAACAAUAAUUGACAAAGAAAACAUUAUGUUAACAGCCUCGAAGCGUUAACGAUUGUAAACUGCCGAUUUUUUGCCAUAAUGAAUUUUUUUAAUUGUUUUUUCAGUAAUAUUUUAACUACUGACUGCCAUCAGUAUAAUAAAUUUAAACUUUCAGACGUUAGCUAGCAAUAUGUAUAAAAUUUUUCUCGACUGACUUUCAUGGCAUCAUCAGAUAUCAUCUCCAUAUCAUUCAUUAUUAUUCUUGUGUCAAUAGUCGAAAGAAUCGAAGUACAUAUUGGUAAUUUGCGUCUUGUAAUUUCUUUUUUUUUCUUUUUGCUAGUGCUCAAUUUUAACGAACCUUAGUCUUUUUUCUUCAAACAUACACGAUCGUGUUUAAUUAUACAUAAAAUAGCGUCGUUAAUGUACUAAGUUUAGGGAUCGUUAACUCUUUGCGGUUUUGUAAGGUUUAAAUAUUACUAGAAUUAAUACGAAAUGAAACAAAUAUAAAUUUAUGAUUGGUCGUAUAAAAUUUAACAGAAUGAAUUAUUAAUUUUUCAAUAAUGUGAACCGCAAAGUGUUAAAAUGAAAAGUGUUUGUAAGUUUAAUGUUUAAAUUUUUGACUGUGACGUGUCAACUUAAAGAUUCGAAUCAACGUUUGAUACCCGGUGUGAUGCGACCAUACUCUGAAAUAUGUAUGAAUGCAGUUUUAUUGUGUUAUAUUCUCACAUGAGGUCGCCUGGCCAUCGUACACUGCCUUGUUAUUUAUUAUCUUAUAUGAUGUACCGGAUAUUGACCGAUCAAAAUCUUCAUUAGUCAUGAAUCAUUAAUAAAACAUCAAUGCUUUGUAUUUUGUUGAAAAUUAAAUGAGUGUGUCGCAUAUAAUAUAAUUUUUUCAUUCGUGACACAUUUCAUCAUUUAAACUCGUACGUAUAAUAGUUGUAGAUUUUGUAAGCGAAUUAAAACGUAACAUAAUUUCUCAAAACGUUUUUUCACAGCUUACAAGUCGAACAGCUACUUAAAUUAUAUGCGUAAGAUUUGUCGUCCUUUCAGAAUACAUUAGAUACUGAAAUACAUUAAGUACAGAAGAUAGGAAAUAUUAAUAAACAAUAGCUUCGUAUCGAUUAGCGAUUAUUAUUUGUAAUUCAUUGGCUAUUUUAUGUAACAUGUCAAUAUAAGUGUAGGAGAGAAUGUACGGACUUAAUUGAUACUUUUUAACGAUAACCUUCGAUGGAGAUUCCUGAAACAAAGACUCGUAUCCUAUAAGAGACUGCUCUGUUGCUUUUUUUUUCUCAGCCAAGUAUUUUACAUGUUUUUUUCUUUUCUUUUGUUACAUGAAACCAUUCGUAGUUACUAUUUCCCAGUGUUCUCUAAAUGAUUAACGCGCGCGUGUGUGUGUUUGUGUUUGUGUGUAUGUGUGCGUGUUACACGUGAGGGCACAAAGCUGAGUUCUAUUUCAUGGUAUCAAUUUUAAUGAUCAUCAGAUCUUAAAUACAACUUUAUUGGAUGAAAUAACAUAUUAUUGGCUCCAGAAUGGUAUGUACAGGAAAACAUUGACGGUUCUGUUCCCUUUGAACUUUUGACUGCAUUCGUAGAGCAAAAUAAAUGAAUUUUGCAAUUAGAAUCUGAGAAUUCACCUUUUAUUUCAUUAUUCCUAAAGAAGGUUUUGAAUGCGUGAACAAGAUUUGUUUUUGAGAGAAAGAGAGAAAGGAUCCUUGAAAAUGAAGCGAGUAUACUCAUCUUCUUCUUCAUAUUAAAUUUUAUUUAGAUGUAUAUAUUCUUAUGAUAAUAUUAAAUUAAAUGUAAUGGAAGUAAGAAAAUAA